AGGCGCUCACUUGUUCGUGGCGGUCGUGUCAUUUAUUUUCCGUCCCAGUUUGUCAACAGUUGUUGUCGCAUAAGAAGCUGAACGCCUCUACUCUACCUUGAUCGUUUCAACUCUUCAUUUGAAGAGGAAGUCGUGACGCAGCGUCGGCGGCGGAUCCAGCCAUGGGUACGCACUCUCGAGGCUUGUUCGGGUCGUCACGAGGGGACGAGGCACCACUGCUGAGUGCCCGGCUGAUGCGAUCGCUGAGCGGGACCGGCGGCGAUGGCAAGCCGAAUCGCAGCGAGCGAUCUCUCAACGCAUUCAACGGCGUGUUCUGUCCCGUCGUGCUGUCCAUGUUUAGCGUGCUGCUCUUCUUGCGUAUAGGUUUCGUAGUCGGCCAGGCCGGUGUGCUAGAGUCGGCAGGACUGUUUGCGCUCUCCUACUUAAUUCUCGGGCUCACCGUACUGUCGAUCUGCGCCAUCUCAACAAACGGUGCCAUCGACGGUGGUGGCUGCUACUACAUGAUUAGCCGGGCCCUCGGCCCCGAAUUCGGAGGCAGCAUUGGGACACUGUUCUUCUUCGCAAAUGUAUUUAGCAGCGCCCUCUAUACUACAGGAUGUGUAGAAGGCAUUGUGGACAACUUUGGUCCAGGAGGGUUCCUGGGGGAGGAUCGAGGUCUUCCCGAGGGUCGCUGGUGGUCUUUCCUCUACGGCACCUGCAUCACCAUUUUCAACUGCGUCAUAUGUCUCGUCGGCGCAAAGCUGUUCGCAAGGAUGUCGAUGGGAAUCCUUGCCGUCGUCAUGGUUUCCGCACUCUCGGUCGUCAUCAGCAUCUUCGUUAACAACUACGAGAUCGAGGUGUCAAUUCCCAAGUCAAACAUGUUAGUGUACAACUCGACAACGAUCUAUGGUCCGUUCAUCAAUGGCACUUUGGCCCUCAGCAGUGCAACCCUGCGGGAUAAUCUCUUCUCGAACUACACUCGUGACUACACGACCGGCAAACAGCUGGACUUUGCCACAGUGUUUGCGGUUCUGUUCAGCGGAGUCACGGGAGUCAUGGCAGGCGCAAACAUGUCUGGUGACCUCAAGGAGCCAAGCCGGGCGAUUCCACGCGGCACACUGGCAGCCGUUGCUUUCACUUUCGUCACCUACCUCAUCAUUACCCUGCUGGUGGCGGCCUCGUGUGAGCCCUUUCUGCUGAAGAAUAAUUAUAUCUUACUGCAAGACAUAAACCUAUGGCCGCCCUUCGUGGCCGUCGGUAUUUUCGCGGCCACGUGGGCAGCCGCUCUCAGCAAUUUGAUCGGGGCCUCAAGAAUUCUAGAAGCCGUGGGCCGGGACCGAAUCUUCGGUGAGUGUUUGCGAAACCGGCCGGCAGAUGGCGCUGGGCGACGCGAGGGCCAGCAGGGUUACAGCGUGCGACGCUCGUGGCGGUUGAACGCGUCGGGGGCGGUGCUAUUUUGCGUCUCUAGUAAAGAUGAUCGGCUCGAGCCGAAUCCUGAACGCGGUAGCGAAGGACAAUAUCUAUGGCAUCUGCUGGCGCCGGUCUCCAAGACUACAACUGGAGGAAACCCAUGGUUGGCCGUGCUCGUCUCAUGGUUCCUGGUAAUGUGCGUCCUGCUGAUUGGAUCGUUGAACCAGAUCGCUGAGAUGGCGUCCAUCUUCUUCCUGUUUUCGUACACGUGCACGAACCUCGCCACACUAGGGCUAGAGCUCGCCUCGGCGCCAAACUUCCGGCCGACCUUCAAAUACUACAGCUGGCACACGUCGUUGCUCGGAUGCGUCGGCACUCUGGUGAUGAUGUUCUUCAUCAACUUCAUCUACGCGUCGAUCAGUAUCAUCCUCUUCAUCAUCCUCUUCAUGAUUCUCCACUACAGGGCGCCACUGGAGAGCUGGGGUAGCAUCAGCCAGGCUCUGAUGUUUCACCAGGUGCGUAAAUACUUGCUGCUGCUGGACAGCCGCAAGGAUCACGUCAAGUUCUGGCGUCCCAACAUCUUGCUGAUGGUGGCAAACCCUCGCUCGUGCUGCGAGCUCAUACACUUUGUCAACGACCUGAAGAAAGGAGGAAUGUUCCUGCUAGGCAGCGUGCAGGUCGGCCGAUACGAGGACGUCAGUGCUGGUGAUCCGUGUCUCGAUGAGCUGCCCUACUGGCUUGGACUUGUCGACCAUCUCCGUGUGAAGGCCUUUGUAGAGGUGCGUAAAUACUUGCUGCUGCUGGACAGCCGCAAGGAUCAUGUCAAGUUCUGGCGUCCCAACAUCUUGCUGAUGAUCCAGAAGCGCUUCCUGUCUCGGCACGUCACCGACCGGCAGGUGAACCCGGCUGAGUACGUGCUGCUCAUGCAGGACUGUAUCCGCAUGGGCAAGAGCCUCUGUCUCGCUCGCAACUUCCACCUUCUCAACAAGGACGCCAUCAACCGCUCUUCAGAGGUAUACAACAUCGACGCGUGGCCGAUCAACUUCCUCGAGCCGCAGAAAAGGUGUGACUACGACACGACGUGUCUAUUCCUGCUGCAGCUCGCCUGCAUCCUGUCACUGACGAACAACUGGAAGAGGCGCACGCGUCUGCGCGUGUUCCUCUGCAUCGACCCGGCGUCGGACGACACGAUGCGUAUGCAGUACCGACUCGAGCAGCUGCUGCAGCUGCUGCGUAUCACCGCAUCCAUCGAUCUCGUCGCCAUCGACGACUGCAUGCGCUACCUGAAGCCCGAAGAGUCGGGAGAGCCCAACGACACUUCCCCCACCGCCGGUGAUGGCGCGCCAGAAGGUGGCGCCGCGACGUCGCCUGAACCAAACAUCGCCCCGCUCGACCUCCCGCAGAAUUACUUGCAGGCUGUCAACCAGCUGCUUGCAGACAAGAUGGCCGGCUCGGCCGUCUGCUUCCUCUAUCUACCGCUGCCACCUGGUGACAGCGCCAACCACAUGCUCUACCUGCAGCAGCUUCAGAUUCUCACCGAAGGCCUGCCGCCCUCGCUGCUCGUACACGGAAUCCACCUGGUGACGUCGACCGCGCUGUAGGCGCCCCCUGGUGUGCCGCUCUCGCUGCUCGUACACGGAAUCCACCUGGUAACGUCGACCGUGCUGUAGGCGCCUCCUGGUGUGCUGCCCGUGUUGCUUAUACAUGGAGGCGG